AUGAAAUUCGUUUUCCUCUUCUUUUUCAUUGGUCUUCUCUUUGUUGAGGCUCAAGUAGAAACCACAGAGGGAACUUCAACGACCACGUCUCACGAAACAACACAAGGUUACUGGCCGCCGCGCCUCGUCCAGCGUCGUAGUUCUCCGUGUUGCCCUGAGAGUUGUAAGAACAAUUGUAACGAUUCGGGAUGUAAAUAUUGGUGCAAAGUGGAUGGGAACUGUUGC